AUGGACAACACAAGUUGUGAUCCACCGGAAAAUCAAAGAAUUCGAGUCAGCUUGCCUGAAAGCAUCCUUCGCUUCGAUGAAGAUCAUAUCCGAGCUCAUAUAACAGAGAAGACUCAGAACACCUACCAGCAAGAGCCAAAAGUUCAACAAGUGGAAGCGGUGAGCUCUUUGGUUAAAGGCCAAAACACGUUUGUGCUGGCUGGUACAGGAUUCGGAAAAAGUCGCAUUUCCGAAAUAUUCCUCCGAUUGUUUGACAAGAAAGAAAAGGCUACUGUCCUUGUUCUGAAUCCCUUGGAUGCGCUUGGGGACAAUCAGGUGUGCAUUGUUCAUCAAUUCGAAUUAGAGAUCGUCAACUCUGUUUUUGCAAUCAAUCUAACAAAGAUGGAGUUCAAUCGAAAAACAGCUCUUCAAAUCAGAUCAGGAGCCUUCGACUUCGUUUACUUAAGUCCCGAAGUGUUCCUCAAUAACGGUCUCUUCAAAGAAGUGUACUACGACGAGGAAUUUCAAGACCGGUUGGCUUUGAUUGUGAUUGACGAGGCACAAAUGGUAUACUCGUGGGGCCUUGUUGAAAGUGGAAAAGCAAAGAGAUCGUCCGCUCACAAACGAACAGAAGAUCGUUCUAUCUUCCGGCCGUCUUAUGGCGACAUGGGUGGCCAGUUGAGUGCCACAGAGGGAGUGCCUAUCUUACUAUUAUCGGCUACUUGUAGACCUGUCGCCGUCGAAGGAAUCUUGAAGUGCCUGAAGAUCACAGAGGACAACAUCACCUUUGUCCGAGGAGAACUAACCAGGCCUGAAAUCCGAAUCCUACGCGUUGUCAUGACCAGCUCGGGACUUGCUGCCAAUAAUCGAGAAGCCAGAGACUUCUGA